AGGAGUUCGCAACACUGGGGAGGAGUGACUUCAGCAGGAACUGUGAACUGCGUACAACACGGCAGCUUAAAGUCCGAAGUUGUUUAUUCAUUUGGACUGCGUUCAUUCUGCAGGCAGGCUGCUGCACACCCAAACCAAUCCAGGCUCACUCACAUCAGUCGCGUCAUGGCCGAAGUGGACGAGUCUCAGUUUUCUAUCAUGAGUCUGGAGGAUGAGCUGACCUGCAGCAUCUGUCUGAGCACCUUUGACUGUCCGGUCACCAUCCCCUGCGGACACAACUUCUGCCAGGACUGCCUGCUCGCCACAUGGAAGGAGUCGUACAGCUGCCCUCAGUGUCGGACCCUGUUCGCCACCAGACCCGAGCUGAAGAAAAACACGGUCCUCACCGCCGUCGUGGAGACCUUUAAAGUGAGAUCGAGCAAGAGCGAACCCAACCUGGCUGCAGAGGAGAGCCAAGUGAAGAAAAAGGAGAUCAUCCGCUGUGAUACCUGCAUGGAAGCAGAGGCGUCGAAGACCUGCUUCACCUGCAUGGCGUCUUACUGUGAGGAGCACCUGCGCCCUCACCGGGAAAAUCCCAUUUUCCGUCUGCACAGCCUGAGCGAGCCUGUCGGGGACCUGUUGGAGCGCAUCUGCCCCGACCACCACAAGCUGAUGGAGCUCUUCUGCAGCCAGCAUGAUCGGCCAAUCUGCAGCUUCUGCCUCCAGCAGGUCCACAAAGGAUGCUCCUUCACGACCCCUGAUGAACAAAGGAGCCGGAAAGAGUCUGACCUGAGGAGCAACUUGGGUUUGCUGGAUGGGAAGAUUGUGAAAAAUGAGACCAUCAUAUUUGAAAUGAAGGACAUGCAGAACAAGCUAAAGGACUUGGCGACCAGCAGGAAGAGAGCCCUGACAGCUGAGUAUCAGCAGAUGAGGGAGAUGUUGGUCCAAGAUGAGCGCGAUGCUCUGAACGCAGUGGACCGAGAGGUGGAAACUGGUCAGACCAAACUCAGAGUUCUUAUGAAGAAGUUUGGUGACAACAUUGACAACAUGACGAAAGCUAAAGAAGAAAUCCACAGCCUGCUGAGUCGCUCUCAAACCCAGGCCUUCCUGCAGGCACCAUUUAACCUCCCCCAAGCUAUUAACUUUGAGCCUUACUCCCCUAAAAUCAGCCUGGACUCCAAGAAGGUUUUGGCAUCACAGGCCUUUGCUGCUGCCCUGAAGCAGCAUCUGACAGAGCUCUUCAAACAGCCCGUCGAGAGCCGACUACCGUUAAAUACACCAGAAGUUAACCCUGAUAUUUUGGCAGCUGGUUCAGCCGCGGGGUCUACACUGAGCUCUGGAAAUUUAUUGGAAUAUGAGGUGGAGUCCAGUCCAGGUCACCCUAAACUCCCCAGGUCUCACAGUCCAGGUCCUCAGGCCAAAACAGGCCAGAAGAAAAAGACUCCAAAACCCAAACCAAAAAAUCCUCAGACCACUGGGGACGGUAUGGGAGAUAAAACUACUGGCCGUUCGAUGGAAAACCUGUUGGAGUUUGGAGGGAAACCCAGAGGCCGUACUCCUGCAGCUGAACCUAAACAGAAACCAGAAACUACAGAUAUUCCCCCGGACAUAAGCACAGCUGAAAAGAGAUGUGAACUACUGAAAUAUGGCACAGUACUCACCUUCAAUCCAAGGACCGCCCAUAAACGCAUCGCGCUGACUGAGAACUUCACUAAGGCCUCCGUGUCAGACGAGCACAUAAACUACCCCGACUGCCCCGAACGCUUUGCUGUCUGCUCCCAGGUGCUCGCCUCCAAGGGUUUCUCUACAGGGCGCCAUUACUGGGAAGUGCGACUGAGCAGCAGUAACUUCGUUGGCAUAGGCUUGGCUUACAACAGCAUCGACCGCAAAGGCCCCACCAGUCGACUGGGCCGCAACGCCCAGUCCUGGUGCGUCGAGUGGUUUAAUGUCAAGUUGUCAGUCUGGCAUAACAGCAGCGAGACCGUGCUUGUUAAUCCUAAUCCAAAGCGCGUAGGUGUGCUGUUGGAUUGUGAGGCCGGCACAGCUACGUUCUACAACGUGGCUGACAGGGCAUAUCCCUUCCACUCCUUCAUGUUCCCCUUCGCUCAGGCUGUCUAUCCAGCCUUCUGGAUUUUCUCGAGUGGCUCCUCCAUUACUUUGUGCAAGCUGCAGUAAUGAGUUUGCAGUCAGCCAGUCGGCUCUUUGUUAAAGGUGCCCGGUGGAGUAUUCUUGUAAACACGUAACUGUUAUUGUCACUUUGUAACUAUACGUAACUGUAGAAUAUUCAUCAAAUUUUUUGAGGUCCAAAGGUCUAAAAGUGCAGGAAAAAAGUGUUGCAAAGCUAAUUUAUUAAAAUUGAUUACUUAAUUAACAAGGUAAUUAUUAUGGUUAACAACCUGCUUUCUACUUAACUGCAUCUGUAGGUGUUGGUUGCUGCAUUUGUUGGCUUUUUGGAUUCAUGAACUGGUUCAGUAAAUAACCAUGAAACUAAACUGAGGUAUCAUAAAUCUUAUGCAUCAGUGCUGACAGUAGUUAGAAGCUCCACAGGGCACCUUUAAUCAAUCACUCUUUAUUACAGAGUUAAUCUACAUAAAAUUAUAUAAAAUUAUUUCAAUGGAGGAACAAAAAAAGAUUGAUUAGAAAAAGUAAUUAGUUAGCAAUAAUUUUUGAAUGUUUUGAACACCAAAAAGUUGAACCCCGAUAUUUUUCACAUCAGAGCCGAUUAUAGCUGCCCUCGGGGAACUAUUUGUUCAGCUGUUGUUGAAGAGGAAAAUGUUGUCUUUACACAACUGAUCAGCGUCUUUGUUGACGUUUGAUCAGGAUAAAUAUCACUGUCUCAUAGAAGAGAUUUCUGUUACUGCUUUUCAUGUACAUCAGGGGUGUCAAACAUGAGGCCCGUGGGCUAGGAUUGGCCAAACAAAGAUUCCAAACUGGCCUACUGGGCAGCUUUGGAAAAUAUGAAGAAGGGCAAACAUUUUGGACUCGUAACUGUAUUUUCAUAGGUUUUACAGCUUUGGCUGCAGAUAUGGACAUUCCCCGUGCCGAUUCAUGCUACAUUAAAGUAACUGAUACACAAAAAAAUGUUACGGUCUACCACAGAAAUUUAAUUCUUUUUACAAUGGGUCCACAUAAAAAUUGCAUUUUCUGUGAAUUAACAAAAAUAUUCUGUUUUAUAAUUACAGUCUGGGCAGUGAGCUAUGAGAGCCUUCCUGUAAUUAUACACAUUUAUUAAUUUUCAUUUUAAGCCCAGAGUCAUGCUGACAGAUUUCUGUCGUUUAAUACAGCAGGACUUCCUUAUGAUGUAGAAAAAGAGAUGUGCUUUUGAAACUUAUAUUAAGCUAUUUUAGGGAGUUAACAUCUUUAUACUGACAGAACUGGGAGUUUCAUUGGUCCAGCCCAAAAGAUCAAAGUGGUCUGUAUGUGGCCCACAGUGGGAAAUGAGUUUGACAUUCCUGAUGUACGAUAAGCAGAACUGUUGCUCUAGCUGCCAAAUCUUGGGGCUAUUUCCAAUUUUUUGAACCUCUGACCGCCCACAUAACCAUCCACCCAUUUACAAUAACGAUGACUCCAAACUAUGCGACAGCACGUAAUGUUAAUACCUAAGUUAGGCAGCAAAGCAUUGUUGUUGCAAUCAGUGCUGUUAAUGCACUGUCCUGCUACUGAGUGAUAAUAUCUUGGUGGUAUUUGAGGGUAAUAAAACAUUCAGCUACACGUGUGCAUCCAAAUACUUGCUGUGCACCGCGUGUAGCUGUACUUACCAAUCUCAAAAUGGCAAGUGGGAGAACAGAAAUGCUCGAUUUGAGACACAGAAUGUGAAUGUCCUGAUUAGUAGUGCUUUCUGCUAAUAACGUCUGUAAGAUCUGAGGAAUGUAUGGCGGCGGUUUCUCUGUCCUGUCUGACAGUACUAGUAGACAGAGUUACGCAAACAACCGAAGUGGAUAUCAAGAGUUAAUGGCAUGUCAUAUCUGAUGUUAUUAACUUUUGUUAUGUGUGCUGGAUGCGAUAAACAGCAGCUGAAUUCAUUAAAAUGAAGCUGUCGUAAAACGCAGGUAAUGCACUAUAUCCUGUUUUCUAGUGACCGUGAAGCAAAUAGGUGUUCUAGUCACUUUAUGAAAAGUAUUUAAAAGAUAAAAACCAUACAUAUGUUGUUGGGUUUGUUUUUUUCAUGUAUACGAUAAUUUCACUUUCAGUGGUGGCAGGGUUUCCUUGUGGUGGUUUAUUUUUCAGAGAUUUGAUUUAUUUCCUGCUUUUUCUGCAGUUCUUGCAGAACACACACACAUACAGUGUGUGUCCUGUGCAGGUUUUGUAUCGUGCACUGUAGAACAGAUGUGACUACAGCUGGAUCAAGAAGUGAGUCUACCUGUGAAGCACAUGUUUACGUAGUGUUUCGAUAUCAAUUCUACAUUUGGAAACUUUGUUUUGGAGUGUGGGAACUGAGGUUCUAAGACUGAGUGAUGCAGCGGUUUUUCAUGAUAUGAACAAUGUGUGGUGACCUUAAAAAUUUCCCUCAGCGUUGUGUUGCAAACUGCAAAAAUGCUAAAUGUAAAUACCUGACAUCUGAAGAUUGAUAUGAAGCUAGAGUGACUUCCAUUUGUCAGUUUCUAAAAUAUGUUUCUGCGAUAUGAUUGGCUGCUUAAUGUGCACAAGCACCGCACAUGUCAUGGCAAUGUUAUCAGCGUAAGAGAAUCUAUGCUGUAGCUUGUAUCACCCAGCUCUAAAUGCUCACUUCUUUCAACUGAUGGGAACAGAAGCCAUGUUUCCGGUUUUCAUCAUGUUCUGAAAGUCUCUCUCCUCUCUUUUGUAUUUGGGUUGUUUUUAUGGCAUUUUGGCCUAAAUGAUGGUGUUUGAGUCAGGAAAUAACGGAAAAAGAGUCACUGAUUAUCUGCAGCUGAUCAGAUCCUGGGCUGGAUUUGAUCCUGGGAUAUCAUGUUUGCAUGGGAUGCCCCAUAGAAGUAAAAUGCUAUACACGUUUUCCUAUGGUAGGCAUAUUAAACUAACAAGCCAUCAGAAAACCUUGUUGGCUUGUAAAAAGGUGGAGGAAAUGUAGUAAACGUACAGUUUCAAAGGGGUAAAUUAUUUGUUUUAGCGAAGUUUACUCCGGCCUGUAAGAACAGCGACUCGCUUCCUGAUGUGGCACGCUCCAGUCCACCAGGUGUUAAAGUGUUUAAUAUAGUGAUCACUUUAAGAGUCAGACGUGCAUCUUAUAGAAAUGAGACUGCAAGUGUUAAACAUCUUCAGUGUGCUUUAACAGUGAAGUUUGCGGUUCAAUCACAGCUCCUCUAACUUGGUUCUUUUUGACAAAGUUAAACAAACUUUACUAUAUUUAAAAGAUUCAGAAGACUCUUUUGUUCCGACUGACUGAUAAGCAAGGAAAGGUUCACACGUAAACAGCGUGCAUCCAUAAACUAAGUAUAAUUUUAGGUUGUACACUGAUAUUGGUGUACUGCAUCUGAACCUGUGGUGAAAUGAGCUAUCACAGUGGAGAAAGCACGGAAGGGUUUAAGAAACUAUCAAUACCUUUCCUGAACCAUGGUGACACUUGUGUACUCUUACUACCUUAAGUUGAAAUCACAUAAUAGUGGUGUGUACAAUUAAUCAAAAUAUUUUACUUCCUGUAGCUUCUGUUUUUGCUCUUAAAAUGUUUCAGAGUUUAAGCAGACUCAGGACUGUGAUGAUUUGUUCUGUGUAAAUUAGUGAAUGUCAGCUUAACUGUAGUCUUUGCAUCACACGGAAGUGUAGCAGUAUGUGUGUUUCUGUAACGCUUCAAUGGUUAACUAUUUUGUGCCCUCACUGUCUUUGAAAAAGUGCUCGUUAGUACAUUAUAUUUAAGGUGUUCAUGCUGUAUUCUGUUUAAUUGCUAUAUUGCAUAAUUAAAAACUGCAUUACCAAUCAACCAGUGAAUAUUGCUAAUAAAGUGUUUUUCUGAUUCUGAAA